AUGGCGUCGCUCUCUCCGCAAGGCCCAUACUCGUCCUCUCAGCCGCAGGACGCGGGCAACGCCUAUAAGUACGCAGAUCCCACCGCGUACGAAAUUCCCUCGGGUUACCCAACAAACCAAUUCGAAGUCCCUCUGUCCAUCGCGCGUCCAGAACCAGAACCUCAACCCCGAGAACCCUCGAAGCCACAGCCCUCAGGUUCGUCAGAACCCAAAGUCCGUCUCAGAAAGGCCUGUGACAGCUGUAGUGUGCGCAAGGUCAAGUGUGACGAGACUGGUCCUCCUUGCAAAUCAUGCGCCGCCCUCGACAUACCCUGCACCUUCGACCGUCCGAGUCGGCGGCGUGGCCCGCCCAACAAACAUGCCGAAGCCAUCAAGAGGCAGAAACUUGAAGGUGGUAACUAUGACGGCUCACGAAGCUCCCCGACUCAUGAUGCCGCAUACAGCCUGGCUGCCCUCGCCGCGCCGACGCCGCUGUCCGCCGAGUCAAUAUGUGACCUGCCGGCCUUGAGGGUUCUCCUCGACGAUUACUUUACGUAUAUCCAUCCGUUAAUACCGCUUCCACACGAACCUACAUUCCGAAGGUUGUUUGAGGCGAGGGAGGAUAGGACAAAUCACAACUUCCUCGCGCUCAUUGCCGCCAUGGUCGAAUGUCUCGUGGCUAGUUUUCCGAGACGACCAAGACAACUUUUUAUCACGGAACCAGGAAAGUCACAGUUUCCAAAUGCGGGGAGUCUGAUCGACCGAUGCCAUCAAGUCUUCGUCGAGGCUCGCGGCCUAGGGUACAUGGACCGGCCGAUGAACCUGUACGACGCUAUUUCGAGUUAUCUGACAGGACUGGCCGCCGGAUACACCCUUGAUAUCCCACGUAUGCGACUCUAUCUGGGCGAAUGCACCAUUAUCAUGCGGGAGUUGCAAUUUCACCGGCCAGAGAUCCACCGGCCUGCUGUGACUCCAGCAGCAGCGUAUGGUCCUGCCGAUAUGCCUCGACCCCCGAUGGUCGACUUCAUCUAUCAGGAAUCCGGUCGGAGGCUUUUCUGGUUGCUGUUCGUGGGAGCCAUGUCGGCCCGACAACUUGACGAAGCUGAAGGAGACUUGUUGAUGCCUCCAGUGUCCCACGCGGAAAUGCUCCCACCACUGCCGGUCGAGGUAGAUGAUGAGUACAUUACUGAAACGCAGAUUUUCCCUCAACCUCGGGGAGUGGUUUCUGAAAUGGUCGGGUUCAACCUCAAUGUCAAAGUCUUCCGAGCCUUUCAUUUUCUGGCUGCCCUGGAAAUGGCGUUUGGGGCAAACAACGUCUAUGACUGGGAUCGUCAACGACAAAUUAUCCGACGUGCUCUCCAACACGUCAAGGAUGCUACCCGGGACGCUCCCAAGGAAUUGCAGCUCAAUCCGGCCAAUGGAUUCGGCGAGUGGCCACCUACCCAAGCCGAUAUAUCGGCAUAUUCCCACCUCUUCAAUGAUCGCGAGGGAAGUGAGGGCGAUGCACACGCGACCCCAGGUAGCGUACGCACGUCAUUUUCUAUGCCAUCCAAGAGAGCAAUCCAGUUUGAGAUCCAGAAGGCAAAUAUAUACGCCACGCAACUUUCGUCGAGGUCUUACCUGGUCGAGAGAUUUUGGAAUCUCUACGAAAUCGUGGAUCGCGACAAAUUGACUUUCCCUUCGGAUAAGUCAGUCACAAGCUCAUCCCCCACGGCAGGCAUUGUGACGACGGGUAUGGAACACAGCUAUCGACAGAUCGUAGGUCGUACACCCAGCGACAGCAUGAUGGAUGCCGGAGAACAAAUGAUGGCUGUUGAGCGAGAAGACAUUGUGAGAGAUAUGGCCCUACUUCUGAAGAGCAUCAACCAGGUGAACAUGGAGCCCAAUGGAAUGAGCUUCUGCAACAAGAUCCGUACCGUCGCGUCGACCUUGCUGGAGACCAAACGCGCCCGAAUGAGCGUUAUGCCCACGCUCGACUCCGAGAGUGUCAACGCCUAUCUUCACGUCUUCCUCGAUAUCCUCUCCAAGUUGGAACGCCUGGGUCCCGGUCGAUUCCGCGGAGUCGCUGACAGCAAUACCGGCGGCAUGCUACGGACGCCGGAGGACAUCGAAGAGGAAGAGCUGGUCCACUGGGCCAGUCUAAAGGAACACCAGGAGAGGUUUGUUCGGACAAGCGGAUUUUGGUGA